UAUGUCGAUAAACCUAAAGUUCUUUUAGCGCGAUGUGAUUACUUGGAAUCAGCAGUUGAAUUAUUAAGACAACAUUUUGAUGUGGAGUGCUGGGACAACGUGAACAAUGGAGACGAUUCUAAGGAAAAACUUGUCGAGCUUAUCCGAGGAAAAUUUGGUGUGGUCAUCGACUCACAACAAAAAAUCGACCUCGAUAUCAUCGCUGCUGGAGGUUCGACUCUGCGUGUAGUCAGCACAGUUUCUACGGGCGUGGAUAAUGUGGAUCUUGAGGCUUUGAGAAGGCAUCGCGUUCGGCUUGGUUCCGCCUCCGGUGUCAACUUAGAGGCAACCGCUGAACUCACCGUUGCAUUAUUAUUAGUGACGUCACGGAGAAUUGUUCAGGGCAUAGACGCAGUUAAAAAUGGUGGCUGGAGCUCGACAUUAAAUCAUCCAUGGUUGAACGGUCAAGGAUUGCACGAUUCCACCGUCGGUAUUAUAGGAUAUGGUCGAAUCGGUCACUCUGUAGCCAUGAAGCUGAAGAGCUUUCUGCCAAAACAGAUCCUAUACACAAGCAGAGCAGAAAAACCUACUGGGGCUGAGAUAGGUGCUGUGUUCACAGACCUCGAUACUUUACUGCGAUCUAGUGAUUUUGUCGUCCUCACCAUUGCCUUGACUCCAGAGACAGCAGGCAUCAUGAGUCGAAGUAAAAUAGCUCUUAUGAAGAAGAACGCUGUUUUUGUGAAUACUGGAAGGGGUGCACUUGUUGAUCAAGACGCUCUAGUGGAGGCUCUUCAGCAAAAGAAAAUUUUUGGUGCAGGUCUGGAUGUCAUGACUCCUGAACCGCUCCCUCUCGACCAUCCUUUGCAAAGGCUUGAAAAUUGUGUAUUACUACCUCAUAUGGGAUGGAGCUCAUCCAAAUCAAAAGAGGACAUGUUUCACCUGGCAGCCAAUAACGCCAUAGCUGUUUUAAAAGGAGCUCCAAUGCCUGCCGAGUAUGUCUUGUAGCAACAUGCACGACGGGACUCUUUUUGGCUACUACCAUAUGUAUCUGCGUGUUUAGCUAAUAAUACUAUGACAUGAUAUGCAACGUAUCACUGUCAUAGUGGUAUGAUGUAUAUACCAUUUAAUAUAGUUACCAUCAAGUACCAACAGCCAAAAGUACACCCUGUCUGCGUUUCGAUCACGAUGCUCUGAAAGUGAUUGCAAUUUGCCUCGCCAUUUCUGUUUUCCUUCUUAUCAGCUCCUUGAUGGUCUUAACUUGGUCAAUUAUUGUUCAUCGUUCACAUAAAUUAUGCCCUAAAUAUAGAGCGGCAAAAGUAUUGUAUUGUAAAAAUCUCUUUGUGUAAAGUCAUUUGACACACAUCUUUUGUCAUCAUGUUUGACGAUAUUUUUUAGAAAUCCGAAUCCAUAAAACUAUAAAACGACUAUCGGUGACUUACAAGUAUUCAAUGUCUUUAUGUGUCGUGAGAGAAGUCACCUAGAUUGUAAAUUAUCGCGUGAACCAUGACAUAAAAUUAAAAUGCAGUUAAAAAUA